UUUUUUUUCACUUGUUCUUUUAAAAGGUUUUUUAUAGAGUUACUAUGUCAAGAAACUUGGCCUUAUUGCUGGCACUGGAAGUGGCUAAACAUAAUACUGUCACUGAUGCGUGGGUUACCCUUUACAACCGAAAGGUGUAUGACAUCACCGGAUUUAUCAAUGAGCAUCCCGCUGGUGGUGAUAUCAUCAUCCCAUAUUUAGGAAAAGAUAUCACCCAGAUUAUGGCCGACACCAUCUCCCACGAACACUCUGAAAGUGCCUACGAUAUGUUGGACGAAGAGAUGUUGAUUGCUUACGUGGCCACACCUAUUGAGGAAGAAGAAAUGUUGAAUAACAGAAACCACACUCCGGUAGAAGUCAGAUUACAAGACAACAAUAACUAUGCGUUGGAUGAGUUCCACGAUCACUUACCUGCAUUGGAUAAGUUAUCUAUUCAGACCGACUACGAAGCCGAUAUCAAGAAACACAAAUUUUUGGAUUUAAGCAAGCCUUUAUUCCCUCAGGUGUUGUUUGGAAACUUUUCUAAAGAUUUCUACUUGGAACAAGUUCACAGACCUAGACACUACGGGCAAGGUUCUGCUAUGUUCUUUGGUAACUUCUUGGAACCGUUCACGUUGACUCCAUGGUGGAUGGUUCCGUUGUGUUGGUUGGCACCCAACUUGUUCAUCUUUUACGUGGGGUUUGUCAACCAGAACAAAAUCAUUGCUUUGAGUCUCUGGUUGUUCGGUCUUGGGGUUUGGACCCUUGUCGAGUACUGCUUACAUAGAUUCUUGUUCCACUUGGACAAGUACUUGCCUGACCACCCUAUUUCCCUCACGUUACACUUUUCUUUACACGGAGUUCACCACUAUUUGCCAAUGGAUAAAUACAGAUUGGUAUUACCACCAGUUUUAUUCAUUGUUUUGGCCUAUCCCUUCUACAGGUUGGUGUUUUCUCUCCUUCCAUUCUACAUGGCGUGCUCGGGAUUUGCUGGAGGGACCUUUGGUUAUAUCAUGUACGACUGUACCCACUAUUUUUUGCACCACACCAAGUUACCAGCUUACUUUCAAGAGUUGAAAACCUACCACUUAGAGCACCACUAUAAGAACUACGAGUUGGGCUUCGGCGUCACCUCCAAGUUCUGGGACGUGAUUUUCAACACUGAGAUCACCGAAACCUUUGAAAAAAGAAACUAAUUCAUUCAUGCUUGUUUAUGCCAAUGUACCUAAUAAUUCAGAAAUCUACCAAAUAUUCGUAUUCAUCGAUGCGCAAUCCACCGUGUUGCAAGGCAAACUCUGGGAACUCCUCGUCAUUCUUGGGGGCCUUGAAGUGCCGUUUCCCCUUUU